AUGGUUUUAGACGUCUUUUGUCACCUGCCGUGCCUCAUGGAGUCGGACAACAGAUGUUUCCAUCCCUGGAAAGACUACAUUGGACUGUCGGAUACAGUUAAAGAGAUCCUGGGCCACAACAACGCACCUAGGCCCCCAAUGCUGGCGGCCAAAGCUCCUCAGUCGGAAAUGGAUGGUCUCUGCGGUAAUCUGGAGUCUGUGCGCAUUUUCCAAAGUGGCGCCACUGGCGCGGACUUGGUGCCAGAACGCCCUCAACCCUUAUUGCCAGCCCCGCCGGAGUACGAGAGUCCUCUUGAUGGUUUCAGGUGCACCCCAGACCUCUUUAAUGCACAUGCAGCAAACGCAGUGGACCUUAAGCUCGGACCAGAAGAGAUGGGCUCCCGGGGACCAAAGGGCCGCAAGAAAUCCCCUCGUUUCAGGAAACCGAAUCCACCAGCUUCAACUGUGCACGCAUCAAUCUGCGGGUUCUGUAAACAUAACGGAGAGUCUGAGCGGGUGUACCGAUCGCACCAGCUGAAGAACCAAGAAGGAGACGUCAUGUGUCCCUUCUUGCGGCAGUAUGUGUGUCCCCUGUGUGGAGCCACGGGGGCCAGGGCUCAUACCAAGCGCUUCUGCCCAAAGGUAGACAGCGCGUACAGCUCCGUGUACGUUAAGCCCAGGCGCUGA